UGGAUCUGGUCAGUUGCACUCGCGACAUCGGUUGCUUCGGACGGUUUCUGCUCAGCGGUGCCUUUCGGAUCGGUCUUGUGGUUGGACUUGUCGGUUGUUGUGCGCUGGAAAAGAAGAAAUAAUAAGAAGGACACUCAUAGGUUCAACUGGCUCUGUAGUGAAUUUAGACCCGUUUGGAGCGUGAAUAAAUAAACCCAAGAUGGCUACCAUUUGCUUCGGCUGCAAGGAGGAAAUCAAGGACAAGAUGCUGGAAGCACUGGAUAAGUCCUGGCACCCGGAACACUUUGCCUGCAAAGAGUGCAAGAAGCGUAUUAUUGAGAAUAAAUUCCACGAAAGCGAGGGAAUGCCAGUGUGCGUCAAAUGCUACGAAUCGAAGAUUCAGGCAAUCUGUGCCGGGUGCAGAAAGUUGAUCACAGAGAAAGUGGUGAAGGCAAUGGGCAAGGCCUGGCAUCUGGAGCACUUCAUCUGUGGUGGCCCUUGCAAGAAGCAACUGUCCGGCCAGACAUUCUUCGAGCGCAACGGAAAACCAUACUGCACAGCCGAUUACGAGCGACUGUAUGCACCCAAGUGCGGUGGCUGCAAGAAAGCCAUCGCCGAGAAGGCCAUCUCUGCCCUCGAAGGCAAGUGGCACAAGGAGUGCUUCAAAUGUAAGCUAUGCAAGGAACCAAUUGGAGUGGAUUCCAAGUUCCGUUCCGACAAGGACAAACAACCGAUUUGCGAGAAGUGCGCAGUCUAAGCGCGCAUCAUCAUCGGCUCCAUCUCUCUCUCUCCCUAGAUAAUCGUCAACACGAGCAACAGCAUUAUAUGAAAACAUCUCCUCUCUCUCUUUACUUCUCUAUCAUAGCUUCAGACGCUCGAUAUAUGUUACUGCUAUUAAUUUAUCAGAAGUGUGUUAAAAUAUAUUCAUAAUGAAAUAAAUGAAACGUUCAUUCACACGUUCACUCACCUCAA